AUGGCUGAAGGCGCCGGAGGAAUUGACCGCAAGGCGGAUGAGAGGAUGGAAUUUUCCACCUCCAAAGAAGUCACCGUCCACCCUACUUUCGAGUCGAUGUCUUUGAAGGAGAACCUUCUUCGUGGCAUCUAUGCGUACGGCUAUGAAUCCCCAUCUGCCGUCCAAUCCCGAGCCAUCGUCCAAGUGUGCAAGGGACGCGACACAAUCGCACAAGCACAGUCAGGCACUGGCAAAACGGCGACCUUUUCGAUUAGUAUGCUGCAGGUCAUCGACACUGCCGUGCGCGAAACACAGGCUCUAGUCCUUUCACCGACCCGUGAAUUGGCUACUCAAAUCCAAUCCGUCGUUAUGGCUCUUGGUGACUACAUGAACGUCCAAUGCCACGCCUGCAUUGGUGGCACCAACGUCGGCGAAGAUAUCCGCAAGCUCGACUAUGGUCAGCAUAUCGUGUCGGGGACCCCUGGACGUGUUGCCGAUAUGAUUCGGAGACGCCACCUACGAACAAGGCACAUCAAGAUGCUAGUACUGGACGAAGCCGAUGAAUUGCUUAACAAGGGCUUCCGGGAACAAAUCUACGAUGUCUACAGAUACCUGCCCCCGGCAACACAAGUCGUGGUUGUCAGCGCCACCCUGCCAUACGACGUGUUGGACAUGACAACCAAGUUCAUGACCGACCCUGUCCGAAUUCUUGUCAAGCGUGAUGAGCUGACCCUCGAGGGUCUGAAACAGUACUUCAUUGCCGUGGAGAAGGAGGAUUGGAAGUUCGAUACCCUGUGCGAUUUGUACGAUACCCUGACCAUUACACAAGCCGUCAUCUUCUGCAACACGCGCCGCAAGGUUGACUGGCUCACCGACAAGAUGCGCGAGGCCAACUUCACCGUCAGCAGCAUGCAUGGCGAUAUGCCGCAAAAGGAACGGGAUAGCAUCAUGCAGGACUUCCGGCAGGGCAACAGUCGAGUCCUCAUCUCAACCGAUGUUUGGGCCCGUGGCAUCGAUGUGCAACAAGUCAGUCUAGUUAUUAACUACGACUUGCCUAGCAAUCGUGAGAACUACAUCCACCGCAUUGGCCGAAGUGGCCGGUUCGGUCGCAAGGGCGUAGCCAUCAACUUUGUUACGACCGAAGAUGUGCGCAUCUUGAGAGAUAUCGAGUUGUAUUACUCAACUCAGAUUGAUGAAAUGCCCAUGAACGUGGCUGAUCUCAUUGCAUAA